AUGUCGGCUCUUUUCCCGAAUGCCGAAAUCACAGGCACGGAUCUAUCUCCAGUACAACCGACAGAGGUCCCCCCUAACGUCCAUUUUCUGGUCGAUGAUGCCACAGAAGAAGAGUGGUUAUGGGACUCUGACCACUUCGAUUUCAUGCAUAUCGGCCACAUGACUGGAGCCAUGCCAUCUUUCAAACGUCUAUUACGACAGGCCUUCAAGCACCUAAAACCAGGCGCCUACAUGGAAUGUCAUGAGCUAGACCCCAAACCAAAAUGCGACGAUGGUACCAUGCCCCCAGAACAUCCAGACGGUGGAUACAGUGAAUUUGCUCUCCAUGAUUGGGUGGACCUUAGCAUACGCUCCAGCCGUGAUACUCAUCCACCAAGGCAAUUUCGGAUCGCGCACCGAAUCGCACAGUGGAUGAAAGAUGUAGGGUUCGUUGACGUUGAGCAACAUGUCUCAAAAAUCCCCGUAAAUACUUGGCCACAAGACGAGAAGCUAAGGACCCUUGGUGCUUGGAACGAAAGCAAUUGGCUUGCUGCUUUGUCGGGGUGGUCAUAUAAACCGUUUCUUGCCCUCGGAUGGUCGAAACCUGAGAUUGAAGUCUUCCUUGUUGAUGUGAGAAAGAGUAUACAGGAUCGAAGUGUGCAUGCAUAUAUGGAAUUUUAUGUGGUGACAGGAAGGAAGCCCUACCCGGCACGCCAAGACCUGGAAACCUACCGUGUGAAAGUUGAUCCCCAGUGCUUGCGACAAGUCCAUGACAGCAAUUGGCUCGCACAUGCCAUAGCCCACUCUAUGUCUUUCGGCAGACAUGCCUACCGGCAUGCUCUCAAGCCACCCGCUACACCAACCCUCGAUCAUCUCUGGAUUAGCGAUGACCUACUCGCAGCCACGUUUCGGCGCUUUGCCAACGGUCAACGGCGCCAUGGAAGCUGCGUCCCUGGACCCCUCGAGGCACGGCGACGCCUAGCGAAGCGGAGAAAUACUGCUUUGGCGAGCAUUGGGGGAGGUCCUGCUGAAGAUAUCGCGUGUCUAUUUGGCCGCAAUGGGAGAGAACACAUGAAGUGGACCGACCAUCCGUGGCAGAGAGCGCCGUUUGAAACCCAAACCUUGGUCGAUCAUUCGUCAGGUCCUUACGAGCUACCCUUUUCUUUCUCCGACCAGAAUCCGCAGCCCGAACCUAGCGAAUUUCAUGCUGAUCCUACUCCUUCGGAUGAUCCGGCCAACGCGGACCAGGCUACACGCGAAGAGAUACUGGAAAAGUUUUUGGAUGGGAAAAGUUGGGGCAUUGAAGAUGCUCGGGACUUCACUCGUCGGCUGAGAAUUGAUCUCCACCGGGAGCCACGAUACAGCCAGCAAAUCUUCAAGCGCUUACUUGCUCGCUCAGACCCGAAUCUCACGGAAGCAAUUGCAUUUUUGGAUGAUCCUUUUUUGAACACUCGGGGAUCGGGGAAUUACGUCGCAGCUGUCGAAAUAUUCGUUCGAACCAAAGCGAAGCGCGGCAAACGGAUCGCUGUUUUGAAUGCAAUCAAUCGCGCCCUGGAGUUGGGGUUGAUUUCGACCGAUGAGAUCUGUUUGAUCAUCACCGCUUUGCCGAAGAUCAUUGUUGAAAGCAACAAAACCUUGGGAUCGUGGGACCAAAAAGCGCUCUUGAAACAUUAUCGGGCGAUGUGGAAAGCUAUCGGGUCCUGUAAUAUCCUCGGAUACGCAGAUCUGGACAUGAAUAUUGUUGAUGCGUGGCUCGGAGAGCUCUUGAACACUCACAGCUUUCGCUUUGCUGAGGAAAUCAUCAUCGAAACCCAUGACGCAGAUCGUCGCAGCCAGUGGCCUUCUGUCUUGGUUCAAGCCUGGCUAGAAACUAUGGAUGUCGAUCCAGAGACGAGCUUGCCUUUCCCCGACAAGAUCUUCAGCCAGCUUGAUGUUAACAGUGCGGCGGAUUGUGUCAUUCGCGUAACAGAGUCGCUGGCAUCAUCUUCAACAGACAGAGUUUCCAGGAACAAACUACUUGCACGAUGGCGGGAUUGCCUCUCGAAGGCCGAGGUCAUCUCAACCGUCGCCGAGUCACAGGUCUGGUUUGACUUCCCUCUACCAUGUGUUCGAACACAGAUCAAGCAUGCCCCCCUGAGUCAUUCAACUCAACGUCAGAUUGUACUACGACUCUGGCUUCUACGAACUCUUGGUCGAUCCACUGGGCCCAUGUACAAACAGAGCCCACGGUUAACGGAUCGGCCAAUCUGCUCAUUGCUCAAUCUGUACGAAACCGUGAUGCAAAACACCAGUGGAACAUUCUUCCCCGACUUGAUGCAGGAGAUUCAUGACCUUGAUCUUCCAUACAACGGCCUUCUCCUCCUGGCUCUCAACAAAAAGGGCAAAACUUCUAUCACCAAAACUACACGCAAAACCCUCGAACAGCUGGAAACCAACCAGCUUUCCUUAGCGCAAGUGUGGACCAUCCCAUCCAUCCACAAGGGAAUCCAAAAGCUUUUCCACUCUUCAUUCGACGAAAUGUUCCGUCGCAUGGACCUAACAAACCCGACCACAGUUGAAGAGAUGCUGCGCGUUGUUCGAUCAGGUGACUCAACGAGCAUCUGGCCCAUCCUCAGACUCCUCAACAACAAUACCCCGUUCAAGCUUAGUAUCCACAAAGCCUGGCAGCCCAUUCCGCACCCCGAUGACAAAGCCCUCAUACGAUAUCACCCGGCUCCACGAACCAGCCAAUGCCCCGAUCCCCAUGCUGCGGUAGACCUCAUCAACCAGCUGGCGAUUGCCCUUUCUUGCUGCAAGGAUUUGAGUCCGUGCCAGUCCUUCCGUAUGAUUCACUGGCUCUAUGGAUAUCUUCGCAGACAUGGCGGACCUGUGGAUCCAGUAUUCGUGCGGGCAAUGUAUCAUGCUGGUGUUGUACGUUAUCGUCGUGAGGGUCUCCGUAUCUCCGCUACUCAGUAUGAGUACAUUAUUUGGAUUGUGGGCAAGUUUGAAGGCUACGAGGUCAUUGAGCAGCUCACAGCUCUGCCCCAGAUUGGCGAGUCAAGAUCUGACCGCUAUUAG